AUGGGAAAGGGGAAGAGGAAGAGGGAGGAGGGUGCCGGUGAUGCUCCUGUGGCUGCGGCGGCGGAGAGAGCCGGAGAGAGGAAAGCGGAGGCGGCGGGGGGCAGCGGGAAGAGCGGGGUGUUGCCGUCUAUGAUAAAGAAUAAGAUCAAGAGAACGGAGCUUCACUCUAAGCUCAAGCACGAGAGGAAACUCGAGAAGCGUCGCAAGGCCAAGGCGCGGGAGGCGGCGAGCAAGAGAGCGCUUGAGCUCGGGGAGGAGGUGAUCCUGCUUGGCAAUAGUUUCCGACGUUCGCGCAGUUUGGUGUUAAUCGGUAGGGUUUUAUGUCUCAUCUGACGGCUGACUUCCUCUCUCCUGGAAAAUGCAGCCCCCGCCGAAGAGUGUGCCUCGCACAAUUGAGAACACCAGGGAGUCUGACGAAACGGUGUGCAGGCCUGACGACGAAGAGGUAGACUUGAAUUUGCAUUUCAGCUACUGUGAUGUAUCUUGAUGUCGCACCCGUUUUCCUUUCACGCGUCUGUCCCUCGGUUACUUGUUCCUCCUCUUUUGUGUUCUCUUUUCUGUUGAGGAUCUUUGUCUAUUGCCUAAAGUUGUAUUCCUUUGUCCAGGGAUCCGCCUUUGAUGUUUUCUCAUGUAUUCCGCCCCGUUUCGUUGUUAAUCUGUAAACCGCCAAUGGGGUGACCAUUUAUGGACAAUUCAGGGCGGAGUUUCUUUAGAUUGUAAUGGAGCAUAUCAAACUCAGACUAUGCCUUGUCCUGUGCAAUAUACAUUGUGGAUUUUGAUAAUGUCUGGAAAAUUAUGAAACUUUCAUUCAAACAUGGGCACCAAGAGUUUUGAGGUAAAGGCUCAGGAAACAGGUGGUAUCAGCUAUAUGGGACAGCCAUUUUUGAGGUCUGCCGAAUUGACAGAUGUGGAUUGAUCCAGCAUAUUAAUUUUAGAGGUUAGAUGGAUGCAGAAUAAAUCUGGGAAAAAAAUUUAUUUGGCUAUCUAUGGUUUUGGAAAAUUCAUGGGAUCAGGUGAUGGAUAAUAACACUUAUGGGACGAUGCUGUGAUGGUAGAGUACCAACCAGAUUUGAAAAAGAGGAUUUCGAAAAGUGAAUGAAUGUAAUCCAAGCAUAUGCAUAGUUAAUAUCAUCCUCGAUUCAGAGAUGAAGUGAUAAGGAGUAUAGAGUAAGGUGUGUUUUAUCUUGCAAUUUUCUUAAAAAUGUUUUCAAGUGGGUCCAGACUGCCACCAGAAUUCCAAGGGUUUGUAAGGUGUAAUGAAUUGGGUUACAUGUGACUGGUGUAUAAAGUGGCGUAAUGAGGAGAGUCCGGGAAGUUUCUAUGAAUUGUUUGAUAGAAUGAAUAACCAGAUUUGGCUUGAUCCCAUGAAUUAUUUCAGAAAAUGAAUGUAGAGGAUCUUGGGCAUCUGAUAAACAAGUAACCUUUGAACAUAUUAGAUGGAUGAUCCUGAUUUCUUGCCCAGUUUAGCUAUGUCAGUGCUGUGCUCGAAUUCAUCCGUAGACAGAACACUACAAAUGUUGCUUGAAAAUAAUUGCAUGCUUUUUGCUGGGGUGUUCUACUAGAUGAAUAUAUUGGCGUCUUGAUGAAAAGCGUGAUGUUGAAAAGAUUUUCUGGGAGAUCACAUCUUUUAUAUAUAGUUACCUCUUCUGGAUAAUGUUUUCGGAAUACUAGGACUUAGAAAAAUGCAAGGUACACCUUAAUCAACUGGCUGUUUGGGUUUCGUUUUUGCUGGACAGUUUCUUGUGCCACCGAACUUCAUGAUAUUGAAACUGGGGAAAUUUUUACAUGAAGGGAUGAGCUUUUUUUUAUAUCAACUUUUUCGUUCUGUCUUCCUUGCAACUUUUGAACUCUUUUUUUGUACUUAUGAAGUUUUUUUUUGUUUCUCCUUAUGUUAUUUUCGUUGCCAGUGUUGAUUACUAUGAUUUUUUGUCAAUAUUCAUUUAACUUAAGAUAUUUAUGUUAAGAAUUCAUAUUAUGGCUCUGAAUUUAUUAAUCUUUCAUUGGAGUAUAACUGACCAUGAUUACACCAAUCAUGAAAGUACUAAUACUGCGACCACUGCUCCUAUCUCAAUGAUCCUCAUGUAUGUGUAAUGCAGUUGUUUGCUGGAAAUGAUGCGGAUGAAUUCAGUGCUGUUCUAAAGCAGGAACGAACUCCAAAGAUAUUAAUCACUACUUGCCGCUUCCAUUCAACUGUAUGCUCAUUUUGUCUUUAUUUCAUUUUUCAAGUUAUCAUGUAGUUUACAUUUGCUAUUGGGAUAGUAUCUGGCUGUCUUAUUGUAACUAUACUACCACAAUUAGUCAUUUGACAUUCCCUUGAUCUACAGAGGGGACGUGCCUUCAUUGCAGAACUGUUAUCAGUGAUCCCUAAUACCCAUUACUAUAAAAGAGGGACCUAUGAACUGAAAAAGGUGUGAUAUUUUUCUUUGCAGGUGUGUAUAAUGAUAAAUUUGUCAUUUAUGUUGUGAUAUGCUUAUGUGUCACUCUCUCUUAAUGCAGAUUAUAGAAUAUGCCAAGAAAAAGGAUUUCACUUCUGUUAUUAUUGUUCAUACAAAUCGCCGGGAACCAGGUUAGUUUGCAAAAAAACAAGGAUUUACCUUUGUGCGGUUCUUGAUUUUUCUGAUCUAAGCUGCCAAUGGGGAUGUAUACUUUGAUGGCUAAUUUUUUCUGUCUCCAUUUUAUAAAGGUCUUUAAUCCUGUGCUUUCUAUGUAGAUGCCUUGUUGAUCAUUGGUUUGCCUGAUGGACCUACUGCACAUUUCAAACUCUCUAAACUUGUCUUGCGGGAGGAUAUUAAUGUAUGCAGAUCUCUGCUUUUUUUUUUCUCCUUUAGUCGACCAGUAUAUUUUUUAUGCAUUACAAUACCCUUUUUUUUAAUUAACUUCCAGACAUAAUUUAGUUACUACUAUUUUUCGACUUAUAUUGACGUAAGUAAAAUACAUGAUGAAAAGUUUCGAUGUCCUAUUUGAGCCAUCUGUCUACUGUUGAAUUAAUUUCAUCAUUUUUUCAGUGGGUUAAUGGCAAGUUCCUUUUCUAUUAUUUUUCUUCUCUCGUCUUAGUCUCUUGUUUGUUUAUCUCCAACAGUUUUCUGAACAUCUGGGAAGAACUCUGAGAUUUCUGUGCAUUGCUUAUGCAACGAUGAAAAUGAGUGAAUAUACUUGGAUUUAUUAAAACCCGACUCUGGGAUUUCUGAAUAUACUUGCUUCUUGAACUGCCAGAGCCUAACGAGCUCAUAUAAUGAAAUUAAUGGAUCCUUUUCGUUAUUUGUUUCAUCUGAUUAGCGUAUAAUUUGUCUUCCUGUCCUUUCAUUCUCUUGCACUUGGGGACUUACCCAUUCAUCCAUGUUUAUGGGUCUUUCUCUCUGUUUCACAGAAUCAUGGGAAUCCCACAAGGCACAUGCCGGAAUUAGUAUUGAAUAAUUUCACCACUCGGCUAGGACAUCGUGUUGGGAGGUGAUCUUAGCUCAAUGAUCUUCUCCAUUUAAAUUUUUUUUGCCCUUCUUUGGUUCUUCUGAUCUGAUUAAAUGAAGUGGCUUUUUUUUCUUUUGGAUGUCUUCCCCUUCCUUAGGUUGUUACAGUCACUUUUCCCUCAGAGUCCAGAGUUCCGUGGUCGCCGGGCAGUGACCUUCCACAAUCAACGAGAUUUCAUCUUCUUUCGCCACCACAGGUGCGCUCAUUUUUAUUUUUUCUUUUGACUCUAAAUAUGAAUAAUUUUUCGUUGAGAUUUAUUGAAAGAACAUUCUUGAUGAAAACAUUUCUGAUUGACACGAAAUUGAUUCUUUAAGUGUAAAGUUUGCUUUAAAAAUACUAAAAAUCUCAUUGUUGAUCUUGUGUGGAUUUUCAUGCAUCUUUCUGGAGAUAGAACGAUGUGAGACUACUGAUGAUUCUGAGAAAACCUUAGAUUAAGCAAUGAAAUCAGUUUGUUCAGUCUUUGUGAUCCUGAGCCCUACCUUCUCAAAGCUUUGGCGACCUUUGGGAUGUUGGUGGUCCCUGACGAAUUGACUGAGAAUUUCCCAAAUUGGCAUACAAAAAUUCAAUGAAAGAACGAUUAAACCUUGAGGGAUCUUGUUUCAGGUUAACUUUUGGAAGGGGAGGAAAUAGUCUGAAGAAAUCUUAGCUCCAAAAGUGACGUGAAACUUUUUAUUUCUACUCAAUUCAAAAUAUUACUGGAAUAAAACCUAUCCAGGGAAUUUGAAGCCACUUUUCUUUAUCUCAUGAAUGAAUGAUUUAUUUUUCUUCCUCUAAAAAAAUUCUCUAUAUAAACUUAGACAUCUAAAUAUGACAUGAUCUAUUAACUUCCCUAAAAUUUUAUCUAAAUAUGCUCGCCAGGUACAUUUUUGAGGACAAGGAAAAGAAGGACGAGUCCAAGAAGGGUGCAAAAGAUGUCAAGGGCAAGAAGCCCACUGCACCCAAAGUGAUAGCCCGUCUGCAGGUAAUAUGCUUCCCAAUUUUACCUAAAUAAAGGGCCUUGUGGGCUUCGAUGGCCGGAUAAGUACCUCAGGUGGGUGGGCCCAUACUUUGCCUUUUUGGACAUGAUUUGGAGCCCCAAACCCCAAAUGGGUUGAAGGCUGAGUGAGUUUAUAAAGCUCAUUUCUUCCUCUGGCUGGUCAAUGAUGGUGUCCACUUGCAUCAUCAAAUGUAGGAAUGCGGCCCUCGAUUCACCCUCAAGUUGAUCAGCCUGCAGCAUGGAACCUUCGAUUCAAAAGGUGGAGAAUUCGAGUGGACCCACAAGGUAACUCAUCCUCCAUUAAAAUUCCCACUUUAAACGUCUUUGCCCUUGUAGAAAUCCACAGCUUACCUCUCUCUCUCUCUCUCUCUCUCUCUCUCUUGCUUGGGAAUUCAGCCGGAGAUGGACACUAGCCGCCGGCGCUUCUUCUUGUGA